GUAUUCCUUUAGUGAGGAAUAAAUCUACAAGUGCAUCUCACAGCUCCAUUUUGCAGCUUCCAUUUCCUGGAAGGUACAUGGAGUUUAGUGGUUAGGGAAUGGGGUUUUGAGUUGGGAUUUUGGAGAAACUGUUUUUAGCCUGUCCUUGGAAUUGGGCCAGGCCUAGAAAUCUGUUGAAAUAGCUUUCUUUAGUUGCUGAAACUGGGAUGUGUUCAUAGCACUAGGACCUCGAGCUCCACUGAUGACUGAGUGGGGAGGGCUCAGAGAAGGGUCCCUGUGGAUGCCCGGGAUGCCUGGGUUUCAGCCCCGUCUCCUGCAUCGCCUACAUUGCCUGAACCUUAGGGUCUUACAGUUUUAUCAUGAAGUGGGCUUGGCAGCAGAUGGUCUGGUUUGUUUUGUGCCUUUGUCAGAAUCUGCUCUUGCUCUUCUUAGGAAAACUUUCUAUUUCGAGACUUGGGGUGGAGUCGUAAGCAGGGAGCCCUAUGAGUUGGUGAGUCUGUAUCCCUGAAGCUGCCACUGCCUGACCCCCUCCUUCCCCUUGAUUCCUUUCCCCUCCCCGUUACUCUGCCUUUUUCUAGGGAAACAUCAGAAUCUGCCUGCAGACAGCUACAGUGUUACAUCCUUACUAUUCAAAGUGCCAUCCACAGACCUGCUGAUGGGCAGAAUAGGCAUCACCUGGGAGCUUGCUGAGCUAUAGAAUCUUGGGGGCCUCCAUCCAGAUCAGCUGGAUCAGAAUUUGCAUUGUUAACAAGAUUCGGCUUCUCAGAAGAUGCACUAUUAUAGAUACUCUAACGCCAAGGUCAGCUGCUGGUACAAGUACCUCCUUUUCAGCUACAACAUCAUCUUCUGGUUGGCUGGAGUUGUCUUCCUUGGAGUCGGGCUUUGGGCAUGGAGCGAAAAGGGUGUGCUGUCCGACCUCACCAAAGUGACCCGGAUGCAUGGAAUCGACCCUGUGGUGCUGGUCCUGAUGGUGGGCGUGGUGAUGUUCACCCUGGGGUUCGCCGGCUGUGUGGGGGCUCUGCGGGAGAAUAUCUGCCUGCUCAACUUUUUCUGUGGCACCAUCGUGCUCAUCUUCUUCCUGGAGCUGGCUGUGGCGGUGCUGGCCUUCCUGUUCCAGGACUGGGUGAGGGACCGGUUCCGGGAGUUCUUCGAGAGCAACAUCAAGUCCUACCGGGACGAUAUCGACCUGCAGAACCUCAUCGACUCCCUUCAGAAAGCUAACCAGUGCUGUGGCGCAUAUGGCCCUGAAGACUGGGACCUCAACGUCUACUUCAAUUGCAGUGGUGCCAGCUACAGCCGAGAGAAGUGUGGGGUCCCCUUCUCCUGCUGCGUGCCAGAUCCUGCGCAAAAAGUUGUGAACACACAGUGUGGAUAUGAUGUCAGGAUUCAGCUGAAGAGCAAGUGGGAUGAGUCCAUCUUCACAAAAGGCUGCAUCCAGGCGCUGGAAAGCUGGCUCCCGCGGAACAUUUACAUUGUGGCUGGCGUCUUCAUCGCCAUCUCGCUGUUGCAGAUAUUUGGCAUCUUCCUGGCGAGGACCCUGAUCUCAGACAUCGAGGCAGUGAAGGCCGGCCAUCACUUCUGAGGAGCAGAGUUGAGGGAGCCGAGCUGAGCCACGCUGGGAGGCCAGAGCCUUUCUCUGCCAUCAGCCCUACGUCCAGAGGGAGAGGAGCCGACACCCCCAGAGCCAGUGCCCCAUCUUCAGCAUCAGCGUGACGUGACCUCUCUGUUUCUGCUUGCUGGUGCUGAAGACCAAGGGUCCCCCUUGUUACCUGCCCAGACUUGUGACUGUAUCCCUCUGGAGUCUACCCAGAGACAGAGAAUGUGUCUUUAUGUGGGAGUGGUGACUCUGAAAGACAGAGAGGGCUCCUGUGGCUGCCAGGAGGGCUUGACUCAGUCCCCCUGCAGCUCAAGCACGUCUGCAGGACACCCUGGUCCCCUCUCCACUGGCAUCCAGACAUCUGCUUUGGGUCAUCCACAUCUGUGGGUGGGCUGUGGGUAGAGGGACCCACAGGCGUGGACAGGGCAUCUCUCUCCAUCAGGCGAAGCAGCACUGGGGCCUUCCCGUAACGGGAGGCGGACGUGGCCCCGCUGGGCCUCUGAGUGCCAGCGCAGUCUGCGGGGACAUGCACAUAUCAGGGGUUGUUUGCAGGAUCCUCAGCCAUGUUCAAGUGAAGUAAGCCUGAGCCAGUGCGUGGACUGGUGCCACGGGAGUGCCUUGUCCACUGUCCCCCUGUGUCCACCAGCUGUUCUCUUGGCGCCAGAACUGCCUCUGGUCUUGACAGCAUUAAGCCCUGAUGGCGCCGGUGGGGUGGUGGGCAUGGUUCUUCACUGAGAGCCGGCUCUCCUUUUCUUAAAGUGUGUAAAUAGUUUAUUUAUAGGGGUAAGAAUGUUCUCACAACAUUUCACUUCCUCUUCCUCUCCUCCAGCAUUCUCCUCUGAGCAGCCUUAGAUAGUGUCCAUGGCUGGAGUCCUUUGAGUCCCCUUGAGUGUCUUAAGAACCCAGCCCACAACAGCCUCUCUUUCCCCUCCACAUACUGCAGCCUCCCUCCAUGCAUCCCACAUACAAGCACUCCCCCACUCCCCAGCGUGGCCUCACUGUCUUCUGGUCUUGGUGCUACUGAAAUUGUCACCCAGAAUUUGAAUCCUGACACUCCCCACUGCAAGCCCAGGGAGCCCCAGCCCAAGAUGGACAGCCUGAAACCGUUGGCCAGGGCUCCUCUUGUGGCCAUGUACCUAGGGCUGGCUGGCCUGCCAUUUGCCUCUCCCCGGAGACAGCCGUUCUUCUGCAGCCACGCCCCGUGCCUAGCCACAACCCCAGGCUGCAGCUGCUCAGAAGCUCCGGGCGUUUUAUUUCUGGUGACUGCCCCUAAUGGGAUAUCGGUGAUCACUGGUCCACCCUUCCUGUCAGGGCUUUUCUGGGGCUGCUCUUGGAAAUGAAGUCUUCUUAAGUACUAAAUAACUCCCCUGGGGAUAGCUGGGGCAUUUGUCUAGCUGGGCUACUUUCUAACACUUUGCCAUAGUUCGGACCACUUCUCAUCGUUCAGGGAUCGAGUGCAACCUUCGGUUACUUGCCGGAGUGUACAUUCUAGUGUGGUGUAUACUGGUGGCUGUUUGUUGAUUAUUAUAUUAUCCUUUUUUUUUUUUUUUUUUUUUUAAACAAUUCUCUGUAGACUAGGAGAAGAAGAAUGCUUGUGUUUUUCGGAAGUGUGAUGCUUCUCUUUGACUGCCAAACUGUUUUAUGGAAUAUAUCUUUAUAUUAAUGCUGUUUUGGUCAUUUUUGUUUGGGGUCACUAUUGAGAUAUUGCUAAGCAUCUCAGUGGUAAACGCGGCUGCCAGAGGAACCAAAGGAUAGGGUAUGUAGACCUUACAGAAGGGUGGAUGGUAAAGGCAGUCCAUCAUCAGCACAAUCUGACUUACAUUUCAUUGAGUGAUUUUUUUUUUUUUUUUUUUUUUUUUUUUUAAGAUUUUGUAUGGCAGCACUUUCAGUUACCCUUGUGUGCCGGCCACAGCCAGCACAAGUUGGCUUGUGGUUUAUCCCCCGCUAUAAGUGAUAGCUGGAGAAACUUCCAACUCCAUAGGUCUAGAGGAAACAUUGUUUUAGGUUAUUUCUGUCCACCCCUGGGCGAUACUAUUUAUUGAUCCAAGCAGAAGAGCUUGGGGACACUGAGUAGAAGUGGGGACACGGGAUUGAAGCCUGGGCAUUGACGCUGCACGAGCUGUGUGUCCUGGGUUUGCCAGCCUUUCUGUGAAGGGGAUUGGUGGCAGUGCCCACCUCACUAGAUGCCUCUGACCCAGCCUCCCCUGGGGGAGUGGGUGGCCGCAGACCCUCCCUGCCAGAGCUCCUGGAAGGCUCCUGCAGGCCUGACCCAUCUAUUCCUGUAGACCUGGUUUAGGAUGAAGUCUCGGUGCGACUUUUGCAGAGUUGGGUUUGUCUUUCAACUAUAGACCCUUCUGGCUGUUCUCAGCCAUAUCAUGUGACUCUGAAUAGUUGGAUGAGGAAUGGAAAGAAAGCAAGGAUGAGAGCCGGGCACGUGGCUCUCAUCACAGAGGCACAGGGCAGGCCUCCUGUGCGCUCCCCACCCAGCAUUGGCCUGUCCUGAAUCCCCACCUUCCCUGGUUGGAGGCCAGCUGUGGCGUUUGCACCCUCUUCUCACCUCAUCAUGCACAUGCUCACUUUAAAGCCUUGGGGUCUUGCCUGUACCCCCUCCUCAACACUGGUCCACCCCCUCUCAGGAUCUUGCCACGUUAUUUUUCCUGUCCCCUCUUCCUGUCGCUGGCCUUCCUUUCCCCAUCCUAAAAACUUGCCGAGACCCUAUGGCUCCCUCCCUUUCUUUCCCAGGCAGCUUCUUAUCUGGGCUGUCUGUACCUCUUCUUUUCCACCACCCACCAUGCCCCACGUAGCUGAAAGCUGCUUAUCCCAAUUGUCAAUCCUGGCCUUCCUUCGGCCUCUGUAGCACCAGACACUGCACCUCCUGAAUGUCCUCUGCUUCUCUGCUUCAGAGGCCCAGGCUCGCCAGUUCUCUGACCUCUCCCAUAUGUCUGCUCAGGACUCUGCUGCAGCUGUCCUCACCGGCCUCCAGGGAAUCCCACUUCCCACAGGGCAGGGCUGUGGGCUGGGCUGAAAAACCAUCUGCAUGGUCCACAAGAAACCUGGCACUGGGUUUCCCCAUGAAUAACAAUGAAAACUAAUGGUUGCAGAACCUUCCUGGAACAUGGAAUUUCUCUGGGAGAUUCCAUGCAGAGGCCACUGGGGAAGUGACAGGCACGCAUGUGAGUGUAGGUGGCUGCAGUGUUAGAAGGCUCCCAGCAGAGUAGAGAGGGUCUCAGUCUCAUCAGGGAACCCACCUGAUGGCUUCUCAGCCAACAGUCUCAGAGGAACAGACUGCAGAGAAAGGAGGGAGGCAGCAGUGGUCCCAGCACCUGAGGCAUCCUGCUGUCAUGGGAAGGUCUCCGCCCAAAUGUCAGAUGUAUCAGCCUGUCACCCACUGGUCCAGAACUUUCAGCUGUACUGGUGGGGGGUGGGUGGUGGAGUGCUGAAUGACCUUCACAGGUGGGCCGUUCCAACUCUAGGGUCAUACGGGUGUCGGUCCACAGAACCAGUUUUUAGGUUGUGUGCCCGGGGCUAUGGGAACCUGUCCCCCAUGAUGGAUCUUGGUAGAGACACUUCCCUCUGUCAUCGUGCCCAGGAGGAUGCUGCAGGUGACUACCUGCAGCCCUGUUCUCAUUCAUCUGGAUGCCCUCCAGAAAUCUGGGGAGCCAUACACCUUUAGAGCCUUUUUAGCUCCUUAUCAAGUUGGCAAGGCUUGGCCAUUCCUGUUCAAGGCUGCAUCAAAGGCACGUUCACCAUCCUGGCUAACACAGUGAAACCCCAUCUCUACUAAAAAUACAAAAAAAUUAGCCGGGCUUGGUGGCAGGCGCCUGUAGUCCCAGCUACUCGGGAGGCUGAGGCAGGAGAAUGGUGUGAACCCAGGAGGCGGAGCUUGCAGUGAGCCGAGAUCACGCCACUGCACUCCAGCCUAGGCUCAAAAAAGAAAAAAAAAAAAAAGGCACGUUCAUUCUCAAAUGCUUUUGGCGUCUCCAGGGUGCCUCAGGAAAACAUGAAGUGGGCAUUGUAGAACUUGGGGCUACUGUGUAACUUUGGAAGAAAAAGUUAAGGGUACUUUUAAGUGGAUACCGUUUUGAUGAAAUUGCCAACUUCAGGGAGCCCAGCUUUGGAGAAGGAGGACGUGAGUAUUCCUUACAAGGCUCCGAAACAAUUCUUUCUUCACUCAGCUUUCUUUCUGUGCUCUGCAUCUUAUAUUCCAGCAGGGUCUUCCAAUGCAUGGUUUAAUAACUACCACAACUGGCUGGGUGCAGUGGCUCAUGCCUGUAAUCCCAGAACUUUGGGAGGCUAAGGCGGGCAGAUCACUUGAGGCCAGGAGUUCGAGACCAGCCUGGACAACAUGGUGAUACCCAGUUUCUAUUAAAAAUACAAAAAUUAGUCGGGCAUGGUGGUGUGCACCUGUAGUCUCAGCUGCUCGGGAGGCUGAGGAAGGAGAAUCAUUUGAACCCGGGAGGCGGAGGUUGCAGCGAGCCAAGAUCGAGCCACUGCACUCCAGCCUGGGUGACAGGAGACGCCAUCUCAAAAAAUAAAAUUAAAAAAAAAACUACCACAAUAAAUUAUCACCUUGAACUGUAAUUUUGACACCUCAAACAACUUUUAAACUAGUCUUUUUAAAAAGUACACUUAAAUAAAAAUCUGAACAUAAGAGAAUGUAAA